GUAUCAUGGUGCUCGAAUGCAAUAGUAUCGUAUCGGUGGAUAGAAACGCCAUUGAAGUUGAAAGAGUUCACAAAAGAGGUAGCUGCUCUCAACUGUUUGUAACAUUACCCGUUCCUUCCAAACCCACAGCGACAUGAAAGUCCCUUCCUCUCUUUUCCUCAAAGGCCACGUCGUUCCUUCCUCUGUGUUUCUCCUCAAAGGAACACCUAAUGUCAAAAUGAAUCCCAUUUUGUGCUUCUGUAAAGCCAUCCAAACUAGUUCAUAUGAAAUUUCCAAUGGAAGCUAUCACCCCACUGUGCAACAGACAAAAGAAAAAAAUACAAUGGAAAAGCCAUCUAGGAAAAUUGAAUCUAUUGGGGCAUUUCAAAAGUUGCCGAUUGUGAUGCCAUCUAUUGACAUUCUUGGCUCGGCAUUGAGAAAGGCAAGGAAGGUUGCUCCAACGAAAGGAAUUGCUAAUAUCGCAAAAAGGGAAAAAAACAGGGGUGCAAAGCAACUUGAUGCAUUGAUGAAAGAAAUUGCUGUUCCCUUGAGGACGUAUGUGGAGAAUUUUCCUAACAAAACAUAUCUUCAUCCUUAUGAAAGAUCUCUUAUUGAGCUGACACUUGGAGAUGGAUACUACGAAAAGGUGCUAAGAGAGGUAGAUGGUUUAAGGAAGAGAGUGGUAUCCGUUGGAAAGGAACAUGCUUCACUUUGCGCUAAGUCUUCAUCAAAGCGAGAAGCAGAGGAAAGGCUGAAUGAGGGUCUUAAGAAAGUUGAAGAGAUUUUUGCUCAGGAACGAAAAGUUGUUGAUGAUUUGUUAGACAUAGCCAAGACUCUUAGGGCGAUGCCUGUGAUUAAUUUGGAAACACCAACUCUCUGCCUUGUUGGAGCUCCUAAUGUAGGCAAAUCUUCUUUGGUCCAUGUACUAUCUACUGGCAAGCCUGAGGUUUGUAACUAUCCCUUCACAACAAGAGGAAUUCUUAUGGGUCAUAUUAUUUUAAAUUUUCAGAAGUUUCAGGUAACAGAUACUCCGGGACUGCUGAGGAGACAUGAUGAGGACCGGAAUAAUUUGGAAAAGUUGACUCUGGCUGUCCUUUCACACCUGCCCACAGCAGUUUUGUAUGUCCAUGACCUUUCCGGGGAGUGUGGCACCUCACCUUCUGAUCAGUUUUCUAUAUACAAAGAACUCAGAGAAAGGUUCACUGGACAUUUAUGGCUUGAUGUUGUGUCAAAAUCUGAUCUGUUGAAGACGUCUCCUGUGGUGUAUGCAACAGAUGAGCCUCUUCCCUCACAUGAGCUUGAGAAGUACCGGAAAUCAGGUCCCGAUGGAGCCAUUAAUGUAUCUGUGAAAACACAAGAAGGGCUAAAUGAGUUGAAGCAGAGAGUGCAUGAACUACUCAAUUUGCAGAUGGCCAAGAUAGAGGAUAUUAGCAACAACCCGGAGAAGUGAAAGGUGCCACUCCACCAAGGUUGAAAUCAAAUUUGUUAAGAAACUUCCUGGUCAAAUAGGGGAGUCUGGAACCUUCAUGAGCCUGAAUAUCUUUGUAAAAUAAGUCAUUGCUGCUCUGUGGCCAGCCUCCAAGCAGAAAAACAGGCAAAGACUUUUUCAUUACUGCCUUCAACAUUUGAAGCAUAGUAGAGUAAAUUGACGGUAGGCUGAGCGUGUCAAACUUCCAGAGAAUGUUGUGUUACCUAUUAGCUUGGUUGAGGAGAUCUUGUUCCACCUGUACAGGGUUUUCUUGAAGAAACAAGUAACGUUUCUUUAUCAAGUUCAUUAAUCAUUAGUUGCUAUUGGCUGCAAACAUAAUUUAUCGUAAGUCCAUUAUCAGAAGUGGUCAUAAAUUAGUUCACAAAAGUAUCUGCUACAAAGAUUUAUUUUUCAUCCUUUUCUAUGUUAUGCCUUGUUGAAAACAAAAAAUGUACUAGUUCAAAUUGAGGUGAUUGAUUUCUGUUGCACCUUGGUUUUUUCUAUUCA